UCUGCAGUGCUGUCACACUGCUGUCUUCUGGACUUAGUCUUUCACGGUUCUGCCUGUCUUUGAGGUAAAGAGAGAAAAGAGAAAAGGAAAACGAUGGAGAGAAGAAGGAAUGUUUUCUACGAGGCUCUAAACAACAGCACUUCCCGACACUCCAGACUGAAGAGCAGAAUUCAAUUUCAGGCCCAGGAGACGGAGAGGCUGAUGAGACAACACUUUCAGACAUUGCACCAGUUUCUGAAAGAGGAAGAGGAAAACAGGGUGGCUGCCCUGAAGGACGAAGAGCAUAGAAAAAUGGAAGAACUGGAAACAAGUGAAGAACAACGGAUACAGGCUGUCUUGUUCAGAGCGAGAGCAGUGGAAGGUGUUUUGGGGGAGAAUGGAGCCACGUUCCAGGAGGUAAAACAGUAACACCUCUAGGUGUUUCAGAUCUUUCAGUGUUCAUAGGACCAAAAUUUGGUC